UUCUCUACUACAUUACUUGAUUAUUUUGACUUUUAUGUCGCUUUAUUUCGAAAAGGCGCACGCCGACGUCCGGGUCAAAGUUGAGCAGCUGUCGUCAACAUGGCGUCGUGGGGUCUUCGGAGGAAAACUUUCCGAACUUUUGUGGCGUCGUGUUUUCACAGCUCGCCAGCUGCCGCUCAGCAGCCUCCUCUUCCUCACUCGCGCUUCUUCCCGCCGCUGGAGGCGGCCAUGUUGCCGCCCGGAACCUUCCUGGGGCGGGUGGCGUUCGUCACGGGAGGUGGGACCGGACUGGGCCGCGCCAUGACUGCCACCCUCUCCCACCUGGGGGCUGAGUGCGUCAUCGCCAGCAGGAAGUUGGAGGUCCUGCAACAGACGGCAGACGAGAUCACCAGUCAGACUGGAAACAAGGUCCACGCAAUCCAGCUUGAUGUCAGAGAUCCUCAGGCUGUUACGCAUUGCGUAGAACACAUGGAAAGUCUCACAGGCUUACCUGAUGUGAUCGUCAACAAUGCGGCGGGAAACUUUGUGUGUCCGUCGGAAAAUUUGUCGGCCAACGCGUGGAAGAGCAUCACCGACAUCGUCCUGAACGGCACCGCCUUCGUCACGCUGGAGCUUGGAAAGCGGCUGGUCCGCAAUCAGAAAGGUGCAGCCUUCCUGGCCAUCACAACCAUCUACGCCGAGUCGGGCUCCGGGUUCGUGGUUCCCAGCGCUGCCGCCAAGGCAGGCGUCGAGGCGCUCUACAAGUCUUUGGCGGGAGAGUGGGGACGCUAUGGACUCAGGUUCAACAUCAUCCAGCCUGGACCCAUCAGAACCAAGGGGGCCUUCAGCCGCUUGGACCCGACGGGACAAUUUGAAGCAGGAAUGCUGAAUCGCAUCCCGACGGGCCGACUGGGCCGAGCAUCUGAGAUGGCAAACUUGGCGUCGUACAUGUGCAGCGACUACGCCAGCUGGAUUUCGGGGGCCGUGGUCCGCUUCGAUGGUGGCGAGUAUGUGAUGAUGGCGGGAGAAUUCAACGAGCUUCGCAAGGUCACAGGUGAUCAGUGGAAGAUGAUGGAGAAGAUGAUCCGAAGCACCAAAGGAUCCUAAAGACACGCCCGCUCUGUGAUGUCAUCAAACUGAGCCGCUCCAUCCAACUAUGUUGCCAUAAUAUAUAGACUCAACUGUAGUACAACACGUGUACAAGUAUGUUUUUGUAUGCUAGUAUUCACGGACUACUUCCUUUACAUAAGUCAGAUACUCUUUUCUAUGUGCUGUAAUUGCGUGUUAUUAAAGUUGUUACCAUUGGUACAAUAUGUUUGUAUAAUCCACUGUUUUACGAUCAGGCGGCACGGUGAAUGGGGGGUUAGCACAUCUGCCUCACAGUUCUGAGGACCGGGGUUCAAAUCCCGGCCCUGGCUGUGUGGAGUUUGCAUGUUCUUCCCGUGUGUGUGUGGGUUUUCGCCGCGUACUCUGGUUUCCUCCCACAUCACAAAAGCAUGCGUGGUUGGUUGAUUGAAGACACUAAAUUGCCCAUAGGUGUGAAUGUGAGUGCGAAUGGUUGUUUGUUUCUAUGUUAGGUGAGGGGACUGAGCCUCCCCGCCUCUGCGGGCGAGGAGGGAGUGCACGGUCCAUCCCCACCACUCCACUCCAGGCAACGGCCAAGCCUCACCUGCUUGGGCGCAGUACUUGAUUUACCCUUAAAUUAGGUUAAUUUACCUUUAUUUUUUGGUUGUCUAAUCCAUCCAUCCAUUUUCUGAGCCGCUUCUCCUCACUAGGGUCGCGGGCGUGCUGGAGCCUAUCCCAGCUGUCAUCGGGCAGGAGGCGCGGGGUACACCCUGAACUGGUUGCCAGCCAAUCGCAGGGCACAUAGAAACUAACAACCAUUCGCACUCACAGUCAUGCCUACGGGCAAUUUAGAGUCUCCAAUUAAUGCAUGUUUUUGGGAUGUGGGAGGAAACCGGAGUGCCCGGAGAAAACCCACGCAGACACGGAGAGAACAUGCAAACUCCACACAGGCGGGGACGGGGAUUGAACCCCGCACCUCAGAACUGUGAGGCUGACGCUCUAACCAGUCGGCCACCGUGCUGCUGGUUGUCUAAUUUCACCCUUAAUUUGAUUAGUUUCUCCUGAAUUUGUGGUUGUAUUUGUCCCUUCUUUUGGUUUGUUUACCCUUAAUCGUGGUUUUGUUGAUUUAAUUUUGGUAACCCAUCCUCCUUCCAUUUCCAAUUGUUUUCCAUCUGUCCUCCUUUUUAGGUUCUAAUUUGGAUUCAAUUAAUGUUCACUAUAACCUUUGUUGUGCAAUUUGCCUUAAUUUGUGGUUAUUUUUGUCCUUUGUUGAGUAAAUGUACCUUUCGUUUU